CAAUAAUGCAAGCAGUUUCAGAAAGGAAAUCUAAGCGUGCUAAUGUCACCGGAAGAAUUAGUUGUCCGCAUAUAAAUCUCUAUUUAAAUCAAGAUUCCCCAACCGCAAAGAUUGAUUCGUCGGCUUUCAAGGUCAUCUCUCUGGAUGUUAAGAAAAUCCUUGAUACUGCAAGUCCGAAUUGCACACAAAGUUCUUAUCAUCAUGAUCUGGGGAUGGCGGUUCUUAACAUU